AUGGAGGUGGAGGAGAUCAAGACCAAGCCUCACAAGCAGCUGGUGGUGUGCCAGUACUCUGAAGGCAACACUGAAGACCAAUGCAAGGAGGCUGCCAGACUACUUGCCCUGCCCAACCUGGAGCUAGAGGCUGUCAAUUGUAACCACAGAGUUGUGGUCUGGAACCUCAUUGAGCACUGGCAGUGGGAGAAUGACUACAAAGUGUUCAUCUCCCUUGACAACCUCAACUCUGGUGCCUUCAGGGAAUUGAGUGCCAACGACGUGAUCACUGUGCUUCGCCAUUAUAAUGUUCAAAGUGGGUCCACAUUGCUCCUCAAGUGCAUCAACUGA